AUGUAUCUGGAUCCGGUGUCGGUGAUUCUCAUUCGGCGCUAUAGUUACUUUGCUCGCUUGGAGAACCGCAUUCAGGAGAUCGAAGCCUCUAUCCGAAGGCUGGAGAAAAAUCAAACCUCUGCCAAUGUUAAUGGAUCGGAGGGCCGCGCCGAAUCGUUGCGGCCCGGAGCCAGCACUCUAGACCAGAAUAUAGAGCCGCCCGCCGUCAAGCCUAAUCUUCCUUCCAACACCCAAGAUCGAACCGAGUUUGGGGAGGUCGACAUGUCGGAGAACCCUAUUGAUGGAAUGGGUGCUAUAAACUUCACUGACGAGGAGGAUUGCGGGUUCUUUGGUAUCUCUCGUGAUGCGAGCCCGUCUUCAAACAUUGCCUUUAUGCGUCACAUCUCUCGUGCUAUUGCUCGAGUAAACGUACACGGCUCACCUUUAUUGUCCAAUUCGCCCCCCAUCCAGACCGGGGGAGGGAUGAUCAACAUCUCCUGGUCUCGGCCCGACAACGACGCUAAAGGUCAAAUGCAGACGCCGAAGAACGAAGUCAACAUUUUUGCGUUGCCACCAGAGGAGCGCACUUGGAGCCUGAUCCAAAAGUAUUUCGAGAAGACGGGCCAGCUGCUCCCGUUCAUUCACGAAGCGUCGUUUUGUGAGACCUACUUCCAGAUGAGACAGGAUAAUUUCAAAAGAGUCCGCCGGACAUGGCUGGGUCUUCUCAAUAUUGUGCUGGCGAUCGCAACGAGUCUUUACACUGAGGGUGACAUGCCCGCCGAGAAACGCAUCCAGGAAUCUGACAUUUAUUUCCAAAGAGCCAACGGUCUAUGUGACCGCGACUCUAAACGGAAUGCAAGUUUGGAGAUGGUUCAAUAUCUGUUGAUUCUCGGCCAAUAUCUUCAAGGAACUCAGAAAUCAGUCCAGGCAUGGACAACCCAUGGACUUGCUAUCUCGGCUGCUUUCCAGCUUGGUCUACACUCCCCAGAAGCCAACCGGCGCUUCUCGCCGUUGGAAAGCGAAAUCCGCAAGCGGACUUGGUAUGGAUGUAUUCUUCUGGACAGAACGCUGAGCAUGACAUUUGGCCGGCCUUGCACCAUCCCCGAGAGCUAUGUGAAGCUUGAUAUGCCUUUGAAAGACAUGCAGGUGCUCAGCCCUACCCUCAAGUCCGAGACGUACCAGCAGCUUGACGGCUGGUUUUUUACCGCAGCAAUUAAGCUAUAUGUAGUCAUGUUCAACGUCCUCGACACAUGUUACUGCCAAAACCUCGGAUUCGAGCAUCCCCUCACGACGGCAGAUGCCAUACCCCAGAUCCUAGAAGGCGAAAGGCAGCUAGAAGAAUGGCGCUUCCAAACGGUGCCUGCGCUCGGUCUUCGACUAUGGCACCAACCCAUUUUUGCGGAUGACCUAGCACAGAUGGAUCAGGAGUCUACCAUCCGCCAUCGGUUCGGCAUCGUGCUUUCAGUACGCUACCACAACCUGCGCAUCCUCCUGUACCGCAAUUUCCUGGAGGGGUUCCUAGACGCGUACAGCCUAAACAAACCUCUUGCUCCAGAUAAUAAGCUCGUCCAGCAGAUGAGUCUUACUGGCGUGCAAAACUGCAUUGAAUCCGCCACGUCUAUCAUCCAAACCGUGCAUACAAUCACCGCAUCGAAAGGCUGGCGCCGUGGACUGCUCGGUGCUUGGAACUUUUCUCUCUACUACACAUUCAACGCCGGCCUGACCAUCUUCGGUGCCCUGCUCGUCUCAUCUAAGGAAAGCCGCCAUGAUCCCUCGCAGUGGUGUGCGGUCGAGCAGUCUCGCCCAUAUGUCGACAUGGCCGCGGAAGCGCUCCGGCGUUUGGACUCGGGGAAUCGGGUCAUCGAGCGCUGUGUUGAGUAUCUGGCCCAACUAUCCAUGAUCCUCAAAGCCACAAAUGGUACUGGUACCGGUGCUGGGACGGGUAUCAGCGAGUCUAGCAUCUACAACACCGGCGUGCCGCUGCAGGCACCCAUGUAUGCUCCCGACAUGGUCUUGCAGCAGCAUGGCACAGGGCACCAGCCCACGAUGUGGUCAAACAAUAUGGAUCUGGGGGAGUUUAUGAUGGAUAAUGAUUUGGAUUUUUUGGGCCGGUUAUUCAAUUUCAAUCAUGAGGGAGCGGGAAUAUGA